UGUCGCAUCUUGGUGAUGUCAUUAUUGAUUGACUGCGGAAAGCAGUGUUGUGGGUCUGUGUCAUGGUCUGUGUUGACUUUGUGCCUUUUGUGCUCUCUUGUGAAGACAAUAGAUCAAUUUGAAUACGAUGGCUGUGACAAUUGCGAAUCGUAUUUACAAAUGAAAGGAAAUCGUGAGAUGGUUUAUGAGUGCACGAGUUCGUCGUUUGAUGGCGUGGUGGCUAUGAUGAGUCCAGAGGAUAGCUGGGUUGCCAAAUGGCAGCGAAUAAGUAACUUUAAGCCAGGAGUUUAUGCAGUAACAGUCACAGGCCGGUUGCCCCCAGGAGUGGUAAGAGAGCUGAAAAGCAGAGGAGUGAUCUACAAGUCCAGAGACACAUCUGUGAAGACAUAAACAACUCCAUAAAUUGUAUAAUGUAGCUUGACUGGGACCUGAAUUGCCAUGCUUUUUUUUUUAAAUCAUUUUAAUAUUAUGAGUGAUUUUUUUGUGAGAAUGGAAUGAAUGUAUUGUAUAGUUAAUUGAAGUGUUGAUGUAAGACCAAAAGGGCCAGGUAAAUAAAGAUACCAACGUAA